AAUUGAACAAACACAAAUAACGACAAUAUGAGUUAAUUUCUAAUGUAUUCAGUUGAAUGCAUACAAAUGUACUUAAAUUAGUACAUAUCUUUUCUAUUCAAUAGAUUAAUCUUAUAGUCUUACAUGUAAAAACGUGCUAUAAAGUGCUUUAUAGUUAAGUAGAUUUUCUAAUCGAUUCUAUUAAAAAAUUCUACAAUCAAUCGAUUAUAAAUGACAUAUGACGGCUAUGAUAUAAAAAAGAAGAUUACAUUAUUACUUUAUAAUUUUAAAAAUUUGAGGUUCUUUACUUAAUAUUCUUAUGUUUCAUUUAAUUUGUGUAAUAUGAUUCUUACUAAAAGUUAUAAAUAUUUUUUGAAGAGGUCAAUUUUUGUACAGUCGUACCGUUAUAAUCAUGGAUAUAUCAUUCUUGUUCCAGAAAUUGGAGAAGAUGCAGAUAAAGAUGUUAGUCUAAAACCAAAUCAAAGUUUACCUGAAUUCAAUAAUAUUACGAUUGAAAAUUGUAUAGCAGCAAUAUCUAAACAAAGUUUAGAAUUUGAAGCGGGAAUUAAAAACCUAGAAAAUGAUUUGAAACAAAACCCUUCAAAAGAUAUAUUUAAACAAGUUUUUUCACCAUUGGAGGUCUUAGGCGGAUCUUUAGAUAAAACAUGGGGCUUAUCUAAAACAUUAUAUUUGGGAAAUAGUUCAUUAAUGCCUACUUCAAGUUAUAUGACUAUACACGAACGUGCUAGAAAAGCAAGAGCAUCAAAAUAUAAUAGCUCAGUGAUAUAUAAUGCAGUAAAAGAAGCUUUAAGUAUAAAUGACAAAAGAACUAAUGAAGAAUCCAGAAUAUUACAAAAAUUUGCUACUGAGGGUCUAUUAAAUGGUCUAGAACUAGACUCCAGUAACAAAAUUCUAUUAAUUGAAUAUCUUAAUAAAUUAUCAAAAGAAAAGACUCUAUUCAGUCAAAAAACUGAGGUUUCUACUAAGAGAUUUUAUCAAACCAUAACUGAUCCUUCAAUUGUAAAAGAUUUUCCAAAACAAACUUUAAAAUUACUCUCUUCUGAUCCUAACGUUCCUGAAAAAGGUCCAUGGAAAUUCACACUUCAGCCCUGUAGUUACGUACCUGCUAUGGAAUAUUGCUCAGAUAGAGAAGUACGAUGGAACUUAUGGCAAGCAUUUGUUAGUAGAGGAACUAAAAUGGGAGAUAGUGAAUUGACCACAAGUUUGCACAUAGAAGAAAUCCGUAGUUUAAGAAGAGAUUUGGCCAAAUUGUUAGGUUUUGAAACGUUCGCAGAUAUGUCUAUGCAAACCAAAAUGGCAAAGAACAUUUCAGAAAUCAGAAGUGUUUUAUUAACAUUAAGAGAAGAUGCAAAACAUCGCCAAGAUAUGGAAGUCCAACAAUUAUAUCAAUUUGCUGUAGAAAAUGGGCAUUCUGACUCUUGCCUUGAAUUAUGGGAUGUACCAUAUUGGAGAAAAAAGCAAAAACAAUAUUUGUAUAAAUAUGAUGAAUAUGAUUAUAAGCCAUUUUUUCCAUUAAAAAAUGUGCUGAAUGGAUUAUUUGAGUUAUGCCAUAAGCUGUUUGGUAUACAAAUUAAAAAAAGAAAUAAUAUCACUGGUUGGCAUAAGGAUGUACAUUUUUAUGAUGUAUUUGAAGUACACAGUAGUGCUCCUGUUGCAGGUUUCUACUUCGAUCCAUAUGAUAGAGGACAACAAAAAUUAAAAAUAGAAAAUAAUGGUUGGAUGGUAGCAAUACAAAACAAAAGUCAAAUUACUAAUACGAUUCCAUUAGCUUCUUUAAUAUUCAAUUUUGAUCCACCUGUUGGAAACAGUGACUCAUAUUUAAAUUUCAAAGAAGUGAAGUCUUUAUUCUUCAAGUUCGGAAAUAACUUACAGCACUUAUUAACCCGUACGAAUUAUUCUGAAGUAGCUGGAUUAUCUAAUGUUGAAUGGGAUGCAGUGGAUAUAUGUGGCUACGUUCUUAGUUAUUGGUUGAAUGAUCAAAGUUUGAUAAACAAUUUAUCUUGUCAUAAGGAAAGCGGAGAAAAAUUACCUAAUGAAAUGUUUGACGCAUUAGUCCUUUCAGAACGACAUAUGUCUAGUUUAGAUUUAUGUCAUGAUUUAUAUUUAUCUUCUUUAGAUUUAGAAUUGCAUACUUCUAAGGAGUUUUGGUCAGAUAUUGUUAAAGAGCUAUGGCCUCAGUAUAGAAGUUUCAAACUUCAUAAGUUAGAUGUUCAUCCAUGCUCUUUCACUCAAAUAUUUAGUGAAGAAUGGGGUGCAGCAUAUUAUUGUAGAACUUGGUCCAAAAUGUUGGCAGCAGACAUAUAUAGUGCAUUUGAUGAGGUUAAAGACAAUGAAAUGAAAAUUGUAGAUGUAGGUAAUAGAUUUCGUGAUUUGUUUUUAGCUUUAGGUGGAAGUGUUCAUCCAAGUCAAAUUUUUAGAGAAUUUCGUGGAAGGGACCCUUCACCAAAAGCUUUAUUGAGUACUUUGAGUUCACAAAAAUAAAUGUUGUAAAAA